UUUUCUUAGGGCGUGUCUCCUUCCUCUGUCUAGACGCCAUGAGUACCCUCAUAGCAGUGGAAGCGUUUGGAGAUGUUUAGGUGGAUUGAUCAUGUGGUUUUAUUCAUUUCACCAGUAGGCUAUAGUCUGAUUUACGCACGCAACGACAAUGUCUUCAAUUCAAAGUUUAACGAUGACUUGUGACGCGCUGAAUGAGUACGGAACGUUUUCGGAGGGAGACACUCUCACUGGGAAACUAACACUGGCUUUAUUAAAAGAGACAAAAAUUGAAUGCCUGUUUGUUAAAGCUAAAGGAGACGCUGACGUGCGUUGGACAAAAAAGAGUGGCGAUCACACCAAAACAUACUCUGCACACAAUAGAUAUUUCAAACUGAAACAGUUUUUAACACCAGAGGACUGCAAAGACACUGUACUACCCCGAGGAUGUCAUGUCUUUAACUUCAGCUUGAAAAUACCACCAAAAAGCAUGCCUUCCUCCUUCAAGGGGAGUCAUGGAAAGAUUGUCUACACGCUGGAAGCCAAGCUGUCCAGGAGUUGGAAGCUGGACCGUACAGUAGAGCAGAUCAUACAAUUUGUCUCCAAGUCCUAUCAAAACAUUAAUUCUAUGAUGUCACCACAAAUUGAUUCAAAAAAGAAAGAGAUGGGACUUUUCUCAAAAGGACAUGUAGACAUGGAAGUCAAACUUGACAGGAUGGGCUAUGCUCAAGGUGAAAGUAUUGUGAUUGUUGCAAGAAUCAACAAUGCCUCAUCCAGUGAGAUGAUACCCAAAUUCCGUUUAAUCCAGGAGAUGGUGUACCAUGCUAAAGGCAGUACCAAACAUGAGGCCCACAAUAUCCUCAAAGUGGUUGGGGACGAUAUUAAACCUCAAACACAGAAGGAUGUCACAUGUGCAAUGAAGAUUCCUCGUGAUCAGAUGCCAACAAUUGAGAAUUGUGACAUCAUCUCAGUGAAAUAUUAUUUAAAGGCAUAUCUGGACAUCAGCUUGGCCUUCGAUCCAGAGGUCUUCUUCCCAGUAGUCGUUAUGCCUCUAGCCUGCGCUCCUGGACCUCAGCCUGGUGUGGCUGCGGGUCCCUAUCCAGCUGGGGCUGUUGGGGGCCCGAGCAAUAGCGACUUCCCUCCCCCUGCGUUGUCUUACGGUCCUCAUCCUGUAUCCCCACACUCAGGCAGUUAUGGAAACCCAGGAGCCCAAAGGUAUUCAGCACCACCACCUGUGUAUCCAUAUAACCCAUCUGCGUAUGCUUGUCAACCAGGUGUAUACCCUGCUCUGCCUGCACAUAUGAGUGGGGGCUACAAUAAUCCAUCAUCGUCUUCUGUGCUUCACCCUCCGCCUACUGCCCCAGAGAUCCACCCUUCUCCUUCACCCUUCAACAUACCCCCAACUGCUCCUACGUACAGUCUGCCGCCUUCUGCACCAAUGAUGAACACAGACUUCCUGUCUCAAUCGGAUGAAGCUCCUCCAGCAUAUUCACUUCUUUUCCCCUCCUCUGCUACUCAGAAAUCUGAUGCCAAAUAACAGUAUGUAUGCUUAUUGACUGAAUCGGUUUAUUAAUUGUGAAGUAAAAUACUAAUAGUUAGUUGAAAUUGGGAAAUCCGAUCACCUAAAUUGUAUCUUUAACACUUUAUUAAUGUUGUUAUAUUUAAAGUAUGAAUUGGAAAUGAAAAAGGCACCAUGUGCAACUUUAACUGUUUGCAUGUAAUGUAUAAUAUACAAAGAAAUAUGACUUUUGCAUUGUAUAUGAUCUGGUCAGUUCAGGUUGAUAAUUAGUUUUGUCUCCAGCUACUGACAUUACUCAGACUUCAGCCAUCAGGAUACACUGUGUGUUUUACGUGCCUUGUUUAAGUCAAGUGUCUUGAUAAUUUUUCGGCGUAAUAGUUUAUAGGCUACCUACUCUCUACCUCACUAUUCUAGAGGUUAAUUGAAAGAAACUGGACAGCUACAAGGCCAAAUACAGGUCUAAUGUUCCUUGUAUUUUCUAGUCUAUUUUACACCAGAGGACUACUUUUCUUUCAUUUAAUUACACAAAAGAUUUUAAUAAAGAACUGUAAGAAAGUUUC